GGAGCUGAGAACAGGAUCCCGGGGGGGGGAAUCGGGAGGGAUGUGGGGGGGCAGAUCUGGUGGGGGGAAUGGGGCCCCCACUAGCGCUGGCCCCUCCCAGGUGCCCCCCCAUCCCCAUAGUGACUGUCUGGGCCCCAGGCCAGGGGCCGCUGUUACAUAAGCAGCCGGGGGGGGGGCUGCUCCCUGCGAUUAACCCCACAGUGGCCCCCGCGUCACCGAUGGAGCAACCUGGGUCAUCCCCCCUUCCCCUGGGGGGCAUUAUCCGGGGGGGGGAGCCGGGCCUGACACCCCCACCAGGAAUUUGUCCCAGGAAACCCAGCCGCUUCCCCCCCCCCCGCCCUUGGCGCUCUGUGCUGCCGUCCCGGACGCCUGGGUCCCAUCCCCCCAGCAAUGCCCUGCUGGAGACCUGCCUGCAUUCCCCAUCCUCACCUCUCGGACUCCUGGGUUCCCCCAUCAGCUGCAUGAGGAAAUCAUUCACCCCAGGGAUUCCCCAUUGCCAAGAGGCUGGUGGGCUGGCACCAUGCAGACCCUGGCUGGCCCCUUCGCGGGGGGCACCUCGCUGGACGCCUCAGACCUGCAGGUGGACGGGGACGAAGUGGAGGGGCUGCGGGAGGGCGAGGAGGCAGGGGGGCCGCUCUGCCCCUUCCUGGUGGUCUAUGACCUGAAGCCGCUCAAGUCGCAGGGGCCGGUGUUUGCCAAGGGGGUGCCCGUCACCGCCCGGGUGGAGGGCACCGAGCGCUACACCACCGGCUCCAAGAUCCGGCCCAGCACGCUGUACUCCCUGCGGCUGACCCACGGGGAUUUCACCUGGACCAUGAAGAAGAAGUUCAAGCACUUCCAGGAGCUGCACCGCGACCUGAUGAGACACAAGAUCUUCAUGAGCUUCCUGCCGCUCUCCAGGUUUGCUGUCCAUGGGUCGCGCGCAGAGGCCACCUCUCUGGAGAUGCCCGCCCUGCCCCAUGCGGGUGAUGGCACUGCCAGACGCCCCUCCAGCAAACAGAAGUACCUCGAGAGCUACCUGAACUCCCUGCUGGCCAUGUCCUUCUACCGCAACUACCACGCCAUGGCGGAGUUCCUGGAUGUCAGCCAGCUCUCCUUCAUCCCCGACCUCGGACCCAAGGGCCUGGAGGGCAUGAUCCUGAAACGCUCCGGGGGGCACCGAAUCCAGGGGCUCAACUGCUGUGGGCGCCACCAGAUCUGCUACCGCUGGUCGAAGAGGUGGCUGGUGGUGAAGGAUUCCUUCCUGCUGUACCUCAAGCCGGAGUCGGGGGUCGUCUCCUUUGUGCUGCUCUUCGACCCGGGAUUCAGCGUCACGGUGGGGAAGAAAUCCACCGACAGCAAGUACGGGGUCCGCAUCGAGAACAGCGCCAGGUCGCUGAUUCUGAAGUGCAGCAGCUACCGGCAGGCGCGCUGGUGGGGGCAGGAGAUCGUGGACCUGGCCGCGGAGCAGGGGACGGGUUUCCUGCAGCUGCAUCGGCACCAGGCCUUCGCGCCCGUCCGCGAGGGCAGCCCCGCCCGCUGGUUCGUGAACGGCGCCGGGUACUUUGCGGCUGUGGCCGACGCUCUGAUGCAAGCGAAGGAAGAAAUUUAUAUCACUGACUGGUGGCUGAGCCCCGAGCUGCACCUGAAGCGCCCGGCGCAGACGGACGACUGGCGCCUGGACAUCCUGCUGAAGCACAAGGCGGAGGAGGGCGUGCGGGUCUGCGUGCUGCUCUUCAAGGAGGUGGAGCUGGCCCUGGGCAUCAACAGCGGCUACAGCAAGCGGGCGCUCAUGCUGCUGCACCCCAACAUCAAGGUGAUGCGCCACCCCGACCACGUCUCCUCCGUCGUGUUCCUGUGGGCUCACCACGAGAAGCUGGUGGUGGUGGACCAGAGCGUGGCCUUUCUCGGGGGGCUGGACCUGGCCUACGGGCGCUGGGACGACCACCGCUACCGGCUCACCGACCUGCCCCCCCGCACCAAGAGCGGGGCCCUCCUUGGGGACGAGCCGCCCGGCGACCUGGCUGCCAACCAGCAACUCUGGCUGGGCAAAGACUACAGCAACCUCAUCACCAAGGACUGGGUGCAGCUCGACCGGCCCUUCGAAGAUUUCAUCGACAGGACGCGGAUGCCCCGGAUGCCCUGGCGGGACGUGGGGGUGGCCGUGCACGGCAGAGCUGCCCGCGACGUCGCCCGGCACUUCAUCCAGCGCUGGAAUUUCACCAAGACGGUGAAGAACAAGUACCGAGGCCCGGAGUACCCCUGCCUGCUCCCCAAGUCGCUCGGCGCCGCCCACCGCCUGCCCGGCACCCUCGCCGGCGCCCAGCUCGCCGACGUGCAGGUGCUGCGCUCGGUGGAUCGCUGGUCGGCCGGGACCCACGAGUGCUCCAUCUACAACGCCUACCUGAGCGUGAUCGAGAGCAGCCGGCACUACAUCUACAUCGAGAACCAGUUCUUCAUCAGCUGCGCGGACGGGCGGGCCGUGCUCAACACGGUGGGGGACGCCAUCGUCGACCGCAUCCUGCGCGCCCACAGAGACAAGACGCGGUUCCGGGUCUUUGUGCUGCUGCCCCUGCUGCCCGGCUUUGAGGGGGACAUCGCCGAGGGGGGGGGGAACUCCAUCCAGGCCAUCCUGCACUUCACCUACCGGACGCUCUGCCGGGGCGACUCCUCCAUCCUGUGCCGCCUGAAAGCCGCCAUCGGGGACGAGUGGAAGAACUACAUCUCCAUCUGCGGGCUGCGCACCCACGGGGAGCUGGGCGGCUCCCUGCUCACCGAGCUGGUCUACAUCCACAGCAAGCUGCUGAUCGCCGACGACCGCCGGGUGCUCAUCGGCUCUGCCAACAUCAACGACCGCAGCCUGCUGGGCCGGCGGGACAGCGAGCUGGCCGUGCUGGUGGAGGACACGGAGCUGGUCCCGGCGGUCAUGGACGGGCAGCCGUACCAGGCGGGGAAAUUCGCACUCAGCCUGCGCCUCGACUGCUUCAGGUCGCUUCUGGGGGGGUCGGGCACCUCCAGCCUCGACGUCCAGGAUCCCGUCAGCGACGACUUCUUCCACGGGGUCUGGAAAGCCACCGCCCUGGCCAACGCCAACAUCUACGAUCAGGUGUUCCGCUGCCUCCCCAGCAACGCGGUGCGGUCGCUCCGGGCCCUGCGCGGCUACGCCGGGGUGCAGAACCUGGCCGGCGUCAGCCCGGACCUGGCCCGCCAACACCUGGCCCAGGUGCGGGGCCACCUGGUGCAGUUCCCCCUGCAGUUCCUGGCCGAGGAGUCCCUGCUGCCCCCGCUCAACAGCAAGGAGGGCAUGAUCCCCGUGGAGGUGUGGACCUAGACGCCCGGGGGGCUGGGCCCUCUCCCUGCCCGGGGCACCCCCCGGCGGCGACCAGAGACCCCCUGCAGCCGGCGAGGGGGGCUGGGACCAAUUCUCUGCCCAGGGCGUGCCCGCUCCAUCGCCCCCCUGCCUGGGGCACCCCCCGGCGGCGACCAGAGACCCCCUCCGGCCGGCGAGGGGGGCUGGGACCAAUUCUCUGCCCAGGGCGUGCCCGCUCCAUCGCCCCCCUGCCUGGGGCACCCCCCCGGCGGCGACCAGAGACCCCCUCCGGCCGGCGAGGGGGGCUGGGACCAAUUCUCUGCCCAGGGCGUGCCCGCUCCAUCGCCCCCCUGCUCUGGGCACCCCCCGGCGGCGACCAGAGACCCCCUGCGGCCGGCGAGGGGGGCUGGGACCAGUUCUCUGCCCGCCCGGGGUACUGCUGAACCCCUUUACCCCGCACCCUGCCCCCCGACCCCGAGGGCUCACCCCUGGCGGACGGCCCCGCGCCUCCCCCGUCGCUACGUUCCAGAGGCCGACUUCCCACGGGGGGGGGGGUGUCGCACCCCCUCCCUGCUGCUACUAACCGCUGAGAGUCACCCCAGUCCCGCCCACGGGGCACCCCCCGGCCGGCGGGAGCCCUCGGGCCCCAGAGCCACACCACACUACCGCUGCCCGGGCUCCUCCCGCUACCCGCCGGGAGGCCGGAGGUGGGCACGGGAGGGACGCGCACCCGCCCCGGGAUCUACCCCGCCGGCAGCAGGGUGGCCCCCAGGGCGGGCGAGGGGGGGUCCCUGGGGGGGUCGCUGCCUGGCAUCACCAUCCCCCUGUCCCGGGACCAGCUCCGCAGCCGGCUCCUAACCUGUUACAUAAACGCGCUGAAACCGCG